AUGGGGUGCAACAUGUGCGUGAUGCAGAAACCGGAGGAGCAAUAUCGGGUCAUGUUCCAGGAGGUGGAGCUGUAUAAAUCUCGACAGCAGGACAAACUGGGCCUGACAGUGUGCUACCGCACCGAUGAUGAGGAGGACUUGGGGAUAUACGUGGGCGAGGUGAAUCCUAAUAGCAUUGCAGCCAAAGAUGGACGCAUAAGAGAGGGUGACCGUAUACUGCAGAUAAAUGGUAUGGACGUCCAGAACCGCGAGGAAGCCGUGGCUAUCCUGACCCGAGAGGACAGCACCAACAUCUCCCUGCUUCUGGCUCGACCCGACAUAGAGAACGACAACCAGCUGGAUGUGGAUGAGCUGGAGCUGGAGAUUCAGAUGGGCCUGGAGGUUUUGGACAAUGCCGUCCACCUUCCCAGCCCUCCCUGCGGAGGUGCCCAGCGACGGGGCUGCUUCCUGGGAGACGUGGGGAAGGGUCGCGGCUCUGGGGGAUUCAGACCUCCAGGCUCCCGUAGCUCUGCGCGCGACACGCCUCCUCCGCCCCCGGCAUCGCUGUGGCACACGGUGCUGAGCAACAGCCAGGAGCUGGACAGCGGCGUGGGCCGGACGGACGAGAGCACGCGCAACGAGGAGUCGUCGGAGCACGACCUCCUGGCCGACGACGCCACCAGCGCCUGCACCACCAACGCCAGCAACACGCCCGGCAGCCUGCGCAAGUUCCACGCCACCCCUCCUCCGCCGCUGCUCGCCUCCGCCCGGGAGCUGCACUUCAGCAACGACUCCCUGCUGGGGCCGGAGGCGGCGGGCGUGGGAGGGGCGGGGGGGCCGGGAGGUCACGGAGGUCACGGCUCCCCGCACAUGGACGCUCUGGCCUCCGUCCUGCUGCCCGGCCUGUCCGAGGAGGAGUGCACGCGCUACCGCGAGCUCCUCGAGAUCCGCUGCUACUACGAGAAGAACGGGAACGCCUUGCUGCUGCUGGGCGGAGAGGGGCCGGGGGUCAAGGAUGGCGAGGCCGGGCUGGUGAUGGGCGACGGCGGGGCGACGCUGGACAUGAACCGCAACGAGAGUCUGAUGCGGCACGAGCUGGCCCUGCUGGAGGAGGAACUGCGCCACCUGGAGUUCAAGUGGCGCAACGUCCUGCGCGCGCAGAAGAUGCAACAGCUGCGGGAGCGCUGCCUCAAAGCGUGGCCGCCCAAAGAGGAAGAGGAGGAGGAAGAGGAGGAGACGGCGGCGGCGGGCGCGGACGUGGGGAUAGCCGAGCCAGCGCAGCCGAGCGGCGAGCCCUCGAGGCACGAGCUGUCGGACAUUAACGAGCUGCCCGAGAGAGAGCGGUCGGACAAGGACAGCACCAGCGCCUACAACACGGGCGGGGAGAGCUGCAGGAGCACGCCGCUGGCCAGCGAGCGCUUCCCCUCGCCCUCGGCUUCCGGACACGGCCCCGGAGGCGACGGGGACUCCAGCGCCUCGGCCACCCUCCGGCCUGCCCGCACGCCCAGCCGGUACCGAACCCGGUCCGAGCAGCACGAGGCGCCACGCGGCCAGAACCUCAACCACACCUACUCUCCCAGCGCGCGCAGGAGAGACGAGGAACGGGGCGACAGUCGGAACUCCAGCCCGGCGACCCCGCGGUUCCAAUCGCUGUCCAGAAACAUAGUCGAGUCGGGUCGAGCCGGGUCGAGCCAGAGGAGGGGGUCGGACGAGGCCAGGAGGCCCCCGAGGGCUAACGGGACGCCAGUGACCGGAGGCCGCAGUGCGGAGAACAGCCCCUACUUGUCUAGACGCCGCUGCGGGUCUCGGACUCCUCAGCGCUACCAGAGCUGUAUGCAGCUGCGCUCCACCUCCACCAGCGAGGGCCUGGGGCUGCCGGAGGCCGACGAAGAGGCCUCCUGCACAGCCUUGAACCCGGUUACCGGGGAAAUGGAGCCCCUGGCUCCCAGUGCGGCUAACGCUAACUCAGCUAGCCAUGCUAAUGUCACAAAUGCCGCUAACUCUGCUAACGCAAUGACCUUGCCCCUACCGUUACCUCCUCCGCUGCCCCCGGCCUCCCCGCGCAUGGAGUGGAAGGUGAAGAUCCGUAGCGACGGGUCGCGCUACGUCGCCAAGCGUCCGGUGCGCGACCGGCUCCUGAAGGCGCGCGCCAUGAAGAUCAGCGAGGAGCGCAGCGGCAUGACGACGGACGACGACGCCGUGAGCGAGAUGAAGAUGGGCCGCUACUGGAGCAAGGAGGAGCGCAAGCAGCAGCUGCUGAGGGCGCGCGAGUACCGCCGCCGCCGCGAGUUCAUGAUGCAGAGCCGCCUGGACUUCCUGCGCGAGCGCGACGGCAGGGACGGGCGAGAGGCGGGCGGGGGCGGGGCCGCGGCGCAGGGCGACUCCCCAGGCCACGCCUCCAUCCUGGAGCUGAGCCAGAAGAAGAGCAUGAAGCGGCGGAACCGUAAAAUCCUGGACAACUGGAUCACCAUCCAGGAGCUGCUCGCUCACGGCAGCCGCUCCGCCGACGGGCAGAAAGUGUACAACCCGCUUCUCUCCGUCACCACAGUCUGAAUCGGAGAACGGGAGAGAGGAGAGUGAAAGAAAAACACAACUGGAAGUGACUUAAAGGCAGGGAAUUAAAAAAAGCGGAGAAAAGUUAGAGAGGAGAAAUACAAUAACAAGCAAAAUGAAAAAGAAUGAUCAAAAUUCAAUAAACCACAAGCUGCUAUACAUUCUGUAGAGGAUUUUAAAGCAAUGAGGUUAAUCAUGAAUACAUACUGGUAAUAUUCAUACAGCAUUCAUACGUAGAUUGAGAACGUAGUAACAUAGCAUGGGCAUAGCCCCGUGAAACGGAUGCUGCACUUCUCUGUCCAGUCAGAUGAUGAUAAAUGAAUGUAAAUUGAAAAUAAUUCGAUGCCUGUAAUUUUCUAAACAUUUUUUUUAAUCACAAGAAUGUCUGUUCGGAGGUACUCCUAUAACUUUGUAUGACAUUUUUAUCAUAAAUGCCAACUCUUUUUAUGAAAGUGUGGUGCCAUAAUAAGCAUGAAGCCUAACAGAAGUGUUGAUAGUCCAAACAAAGUCCGCACAUCACAUUUCGUUUUUGAAACGUGCCAUACGAUUCUGUACACAGAAACACACCGCCCGUACAGUGGGCCGAAGCAAGACCAAAAAUAAGUUCAUCCCUAUAACAGAUGCCUUAUGGGUUUUCUGUGAUUCUGUCCCUCUACCUGAGCGUUGUACAGCUUCUCUCUGUGUGCUCUCUGUGGGGUGUUUCUGUUCAUGUGUAUUUCUUGUGUCUACGGUAAACCCUGUACAUAGUUGAACUGCAGUGGCUCAAAGAGGAGAGAGAAGACAACCAAAAGAGCACAAAAGAAUAAGGGCACAGCCUAGUGCUGAUAAUCAAUCAAACGAUGGCUUGAGUAAGUAAGUUUGGCAAAUAACACACGCCAUACACAGUUCCGGAAUGACGUUGAUUGCUUCCUGACAAAAGGCCUUGAGACUCCAGACAUUGAAUGUUAGGCUGUCGGGACUGUUGUGUGUGGGAAAGUAAUGAGCAAGCCAAAUCAUUUGGAUAUUAAGAGGCGGGAUGAGAUGGUUUAUGGCUCAUCUUUGUCCCCUGUGGUCUGCUAAUGUAUACACUCUGAAACAUAGGUCAAAGGUCAUUAAAGAGACACUUCACCAAUUAGCAUUAAGCUUUGUAUCUUUAGAAAACCAGUCAUGUUUUUGAAUGGUCGUGCAUCAUUCCCUCAGUUUGCCUUCAGAUUGGAGAAAUACGGAUUUCUAUGAAAACCAUGCAUAGGACUUCCUGCUUUCAAUGAUGUAAAAUGAUGAUUUUUACAUCAUUGAAAGCAGGAAGUCCAACAUUGAAAUCAGCAUUUCUCCCAUCUCAAGGCAA